AAGUAGUACCUAGGCCAAUCUUCAAUCAUUUCCAGUGACAAUUCCAAUGGAUUUCCUCAGCCUCACAAGGAGAGAGCUUCAAGUUCUUUGUAAGAAGAACAAAAUCCCAGCUAACAUCACGAAUGUCGCCAUGGCUGAUGCGCUCGCUUCUCUCGACACUGUCGAUGGUAUUGAGGAGUUCCUGAGUCCAUGUGAAUCCGAAACUGCAAACUCUUCAUCCAUGGCGUCUCCUGAAAAGUCGGAAAAAGUAUCAGCGAGUGUACCUCGUACCUUGACUAUGACACGCGGGAGAGCAAGAGGAACGACGGCCAAAGCCGUCAAUGAAGCAAAGAUUGAGAUGGUUGAGACUCCUGCCUUGCCAACUACCAGAAGAAGAAGGGCUGCAGCAACUUCAGUUCGUUCAAAAUUGGAAAGCUCGAUGAAAGAAUGUGAAUCAGAUGAGCACAUUGGUGAUCAGAUUAUGAUGGAAAAGAAAGAGGUUUCGAAGACACCAGCAGCUGUGCAUUCUAGCCGAAGAAGGGAAGUGAAGGCAAAGAGUUCAGUCAGCCAAGUGUAUAGCACCCGUCGAUCAACUAGGUUAGCUGGGAAAACUAGCUCUGAAUCAAUCACACAAGAGAACGAAAAAUCGGGAACCAUUACAUAUGAUGCGUAUUCGGAAGACGAUGAUGAAAAUUCGGAGGUGGACUCUAAGCAGCAUUCUAGUCAUGAGAACGAAGAUUUAGACAGAAAUGGUAUUGAUUUGAAAGAGGCAGAAGAGAGUUUGGAUGUCAAUAAAGAUUCGGAGAUUUUAUCAGUUCAAGAUUCAAAUGUCUUGGUAGAAAAUGUAAUGGAAGUGGAAGUUGGUGUUCAAGAAGUAAGUGCCGGUAGCCUUGCAGUUGAUGUCUUGAACGAAGAAGCAGAAAAGGACUUGGAGGUAGAAGUAUCUUAUCACAGCAACAACGGGCUUGAAGAAGUAUAUGCAAAAGAAGAUAAUGUACUUGAAAACGGGAUACAAAUGGUUUCUGUCGAAGAGGAAUCUGGGGGUCUGCAUUCUAAAAUGACGGACGUUGAGCUCCUUGAAGAUAGCGUUGUUGAUGCAUUCAACUCUGAGAAUGAGAAUCAAAUUGAGGCCAUGAACGAAGUGAACGGAAACAAACAAAUAGAAGGAUCUGCUGCAAAGGAAGUGAAUGAUGGAGAGGCAGAAACAAAAGAUGAAGAUAUUCAGAACAAAAUCCAGGACUUGGGUCAUGAUGCAAAGACUAGGCUAGAUUUCCCUGACGUGGCCUUGUCCAAGCAGUUGACCCAAGAAAAUCAGCCCCACUGGGACGAAGUCUUUGAUUUUGAGGAGGAUAAUGUUGCAGAGGAAAACCAUGAUGAUGAGAUAUAUGAAUGUGAAGUGGAUAACGGAACAGAAUCUAAUUCUGAUGAUUCAGGAGAAGGAGAAUUGAUGGGACAGAAGAAAGAGAAGGGGGAGACAAAUGUUAGUGGAAGUCUUCAGUGUUCGAAAGAUGUUUCAGAAGCUAAUGUAGAACUUCCUGGAGACGAACUGAUGGACAAAUCUGAAGUUGACGAUGAUGAGGCUAAUGUGGAUAAUACUGCUGUUGCUCCUCUUUUCCCCUUGGUUUCUCUUGUUCUCAAUGCCAAAUCAACGGGAGAAGUUGAAAGUUUUAAUGCAGAAACUAACUUGAAUUCUCUUGAUAUUGAUUUGUCCGGGCAGUUAAACCGUGAGAUGGAGGCUAAGGCGAGUGAAGGUCUUCAUCUUCUGCAAGAUGUUUCAGAAGCUAACAUAGAAUUUGCUGGAGAAGAACCCAUAAAAGAAUUUGAAGUUGAUGAUGCACAGACUGAUGUGGAUCCUGCUGCUCAUCCCCCAGUGGCUUCACCUAUACCUAAUACUGCCUCAAAAUCUGUCUCCACUUUGAUACUGGAACCAGUGUAUAAUCUGUCUGCCUCGUCAACAAUGAACGCGGUUCUCAUCACUGAGACAAGCUGUUUGACACCAGUUAAGAUAUCUUCAAGUAAGACACCUAUGAAGAAAUCCAUGAGCAAAGCAUCAGCAGCGGCAAAAGUGGCUCAGAUCCAUGAUGACAAGGAGAAUAUAGAUAACAGUGGCAGAAAAGUCGUUCAGACAAAAGAGAAGUCGAAGAAAAACAAAAGCAAUGCUGGCAAUAACAGUAAGCAAUCUUUGCAAGAUUUAAGCUUGAGGCAGCUUACAAAAAUGUUGAAGGAGAUGCAUAUUUCAAAAGAUCCUAAAAUAAUGGAUAGCACUAACACUAAGGUAGCAAGUUCAAGACCAGCUUUGCAGACACUUCCAGAAAACCGCUGAAACUGAGAAAUGAGGCUUACAAGGCAAACCAUUUUGCCAUAGAUUACAUGAACUUGAGAGUGGAAUGAUAUAAUAGCCUUGCAAAACCUUCUUGGUUUGCCCAUCAGAGAUGUAUCAAAAUUGUGAUCGCUCUUAUUUAUGCUUCCUUUUAGUUUAUGAAAACUUAUGAAGUUUCUUCUAUAAUGAUCCACUUGAUAGUAAUUCUCUCUA